AUGAACUUUACAAUCAGCGACAGGUACUGCGACGAGCUUAUAACUGAGGGUCCUGCACCUCGGAUGCUUUCUCCGUCCGUGCAAGCCAAAGCGAUUCUCCCGGGACUGGCAUGCCCUAAUCGUAAUGCCUGCGCAGCUCGAGCUGCGAAUAGGCACAUGCAGGCUGUUCUUACGCGCUUUUCCAGGCUGCGGACCAUCGAAUUCGCAAAGGCUACGCGUACCAGAAGCGUCGCCGAGCCUCAGGCUACUGCUGGACAAGAGGCACGCGCAUACUCUGUCUGGUCGCUCUGCACGAAACGUCUCCGCCUCUCUAUCAUUCGGUUCCUCCCGGGCAUCGUGGUGUUCUCAGUGGUACAUCUGACAACAAUCACUACACCCAGGCGGUCCCCAUAUCGCUGCGAUCGACAGAUGUGA